CUUAGUGGUUAGCACGUUCGCCUCACACCUCCAGGGUCGAGGGUUCGAUUCCCACCGUGGCCCUGUGUGUGCGGAGUUUGCAUGUUCUCCCCGUGCUGCCGGGGUUUCCUCCAGGUACUCCGGUUUCCUCCCCCAGUCCAAAGACAUGCAUGGUAGGCGGAUUGGCGUGUCCAAAGUGUCCGUAGUGUAUGAAUGAGUGUGUAAAUGUGUAUGUGAUUUCGCCUUGCGAUGGAUUGGCACCCUAUCCAGGGUGUACCCCACCUUGUGCCCCAUACUCCCUGGGAUAGGCUCCAGGUUUCCCCGUGACCCUGAAAAGGAUAAGCGGUAUAGAAGAUGGAUGGAUGGAUGGAUGGAUAUUAUUAAUUAAUUCAAAUUUACACCUGAUGGCGGAUGCGUUACAUGUAGGGUAGCAGAUACUGUUGAACAUGUCAUCUUACGGUUGUACACUGUAUAAAAUGCAGUGAAGAAAGGGAUGGGAAGAACUAUACCUAACUGGUAGGUAGGAGAGGAAUUUAGAAGAAAAAAAAAAAAAGAUGGUGCAGGAAAGAAAGCUUUCUACAGCUUGAUGUAUGAAUCUGGGUUAGACAAACGUAUAAACAUUAUUAUUAUUAUUAUUAUCAUCAUCAUCAUCAUAAUCUAUUUAUUUAUGUAUUUAUUUUUUAUUCCAAAACGUCAUCAAAUGUACAGAAGACAAGGCGGAACAAAAAAAAAACCCACGUGUUCUUGUUUCCACCCGAACGCAAUUUUUGGGUUGCUCACUACAUUUCAUAUGAAUGGAACUGGGAAAUAGCAACACGAGCAUGACUUGAUAUUGUCCGUGAAUUUCAGGACCUUUAAAAAAAUCACUUGAAUUACAUUUUUCAUAAGUGUUUCCACUUGUAAGUGCUGCUGAGUGGAGCGGUGCAGUCACUGGAGCUGACACAGGUUAUAGCUUCACUUAGCGAGGCAGAGCUAGCUACCGUUUCCUUGACUAGCCGCGGUAACGCUAUAUCACCGUCCAGCUGUGUCACUGAUACAAAAACUAAUAAUAAUAAACGGUGGGGGAAAAAUGUUGAAAGAAAUCCUCGACCUGCCUCCUGAGGAUAAAAUAUUUCACGCCGUCCUGGUGUUCUCAUGGACGGUUUAUCUUUGGGAGGCCUACCUCUCAUACAGACAGAGGAAGAUCUACAGCUCCGCCACGCAUGUGCCCACUGAGCUGGGGAAGAUUAUGGACGCUGAGACGUUCGAGAAGUCGCGCCUCUACCAGCUGGACAAGAGCAACUUCGGGUUCUGGUCCGGACUUUACUCUGAGACCGAGGGAACGCUCAUCCUGCUGUUUGGAGGCAUCCCAUUCCUCUGGAAGAUCUCGGGAAGCCUGACCGGUCACUUCGGCCUCGGCCCGGAGUACGAGAUCUCCCAGUCGUUGGUUUUCCUGAUGCUGGCAACGUUGUUCAGUGCCAUCAUGGGACUGCCGUGGAGUCUCUACAGCACGUUCGUCAUCGAGGAGAAGCAUGGCUUUAACCAGCAGACGUUAGGCUUCUUCCUGAAAGAUGCUCUGAAGAAGUUUGCGGUGACUCAGUGCAUUCUGCUGCCCGUCACCUCUCUGCUCCUGUACAUCAUAAAGAUCGGCGGGGAUUAUUUCUUCAUCUACGCCUGGCUCUUCACACUCGUCGUCUCUCUGGUUCUGGUCACCAUCUACGCCGACUACAUCGCCCCGCUGUUUGAUAAGUUCACCCCGCUGCCAGAAGGAGAACUGAAGACUGACAUCGAAAGCAUGGCCAAGUCCAUCGACUUCCCGCUCACCAAGAUCUAUGUCGUAGAAGGCUCUAAAAGAUCCUCGCACAGCAACGCUUACUUCUACGGUUUCUUCAAGAACAAGCGCAUUGUGCUGUUCGACACGCUGCUGGAAGAUUACUCGCCUCUGAACAAGAAAAACGACGGAGAGUCCGCCAGCGAACCGGACAAGAACGAGGAGACGGGAGACGAGACCAAGCUCCAACCUAAGCACAAGAAGCAAGGCUGCAGUAACCCAGAGGUUCUGGCGGUUCUCGGCCACGAAUUGGGACACUGGAAACUGGGCCACACGGUGAAGCACAUCAUUAUUAGCCAGGUGAAUUCGUUCCUCUGCUUUUUCCUGUUCGCCGUUCUGAUUGGACGGCAAGAGCUCUUCAUGGCCUUCGGCUUCCACGAUAACCAGCCGACUCUCAUUGGGCUGCUGAUCAUCUUCCAGUUCAUCUUUUCCCCCUACAACGAGCUCCUGACGUUCUGCCUGACUGUGCUGAGUCGCAGGUUCGAGUUCCAGGCAGACGCGUUCGCACGAGCCAUGGGCCGAUCGACUGAGCUCUGCUCGGCUCUCAUCAAGCUAAACAAAGACAACCUGGGCUUUCCCGUGGCCGAUUGGCUCUUCUCAAUGUGGCACUAUUCCCACCCUCCACUGCUGGAGCGACUCAGGGCCAUCAAGGACACGAAGAAGCAAGACUGACAGUUCCACCAGGGGGCGCCACAUUCAUCAUCCGCCCCUCACAGGAAGGGCCUCAGGUGGUCACUUGUGGCUGUCUGAAGAAAGGAAAAAAGUCUCUCUCUCUCUCUCUUAAUAUUUGUCUUGUAUUCCCUUAAUUUUGAGGGUUUGUUUCACAAAUUUUGUACCUGUUUUAAUGAGUUGCCUUUAAUUGGACUUGUUUACAUCCAAACAUUAAUUAUAUUUUCCUCAAUUUUGUAGCCUUGAUUUUGCCCAGGAGAGAGACAGCAUGAGGUAAAACACCUCAUUUAACCUUGUCAGCAAUGAGGAACACCACCUUACAAUAAUGCCUGGCCUGGUUCUUGUAAAAAUUAUUUCACUAGAGUAAUCUGGGUCAUUUGCUUUUUUUCUUUUAGAAAAAAAUUAUCUUGACCAUAUGUGUAAAUUCCAGUGUUUAAUUUUUUUUUUCUUUUUUUUUUUUCUUUUAAAUUCAGGGCAACUUAAAAAAAAAAAAAAAAAAAAAAAAAACUACAUUUAAGAACUGUUGACAGUAGUAGUAGAAAUCUGUUGAAAUUUUUUUUUUUUACAGUUUAGUUUCUUUUUAAUUUGAGUGCCUCUAGUGUAUGGCUGAGUGUGCAGGAGUGUAUGUGACGGAGGGGGACCCGAUGACCUUAUCCAAUCCCUUUUAUUUUUUUUCCUCCUUCAUGUCUUCAUUAGAUGAAACCCAAAGCGUUAACUUUACAGGGACGCCUCGUUGCUUGUCCUCAACCAGCCAUAGUUUCUAAAUGUAUUUCGGUGUCACGUCACAGACACCGCCUUGAGAAAAGGCUUUCAUUGCAGUGGAUUAUGGUUUGCAUGCUAGAAUUAAGAAUCCACUCCUUCCCCGCGUAAAGAACAGAACGUGUCGGGAUAAAGAAAUCAGAAAGGAUUAGAAGAGCGGGACGAAGCCAUAAUCGAGGAUUAAGCACAGGAUUAAGAUAACAAUUGAUUUGCGCAUCUCAGGAGUUCCGUAUAUACUCUAUAUAGUGCACUAUGUAUUGUGUUUUCCCUAUGUCAAAGCGAUUUCAGAUUUGGCCACCCUGUAAGCAAAGCUCGCUUUGGAAAUCAUCGUUUGCCGUGUUUGAUGUGAUGUUUGUGAACGUACAGUCUCAUGAAUAAAAAAAUCUUCACUCAGCAAAUUUGCCAUGGUGUCUUCCUGCUGUUAUUAGUUCUACUGAAAUGAACUGUUCUUCUACACAUUUUCUAUGUGAACCCUAGAGCCAAAGUGUCCAACACACCAAACUAAUACUGGGUAGGACCGGUUUUACUCUCGGAGAAACCUCAGCUCUUUGUGGCUUUGAAUCUGCAAGGUUCUGGUCCGUUUUGAUAUGAUUACAUCACGUAAGAUGAAGAUUUUGUACCACAAGCCUUAAAGCGCUCUAUUGGAUUCAGAUUUGGUGACUAGGGAGACCAUGGAAGCGCUGGACGUAGCCGAUGUGAGAUUGGUAAUAGGGAUGUACGUGGUCAGCAACAAUACUCACUGUGCCUGUGACGUUCCAACAAUGCUGUCGGUAUUAAGUUUAUGGUAAAUUACCAAGUUUACCAAGAAAACCUUCUCCACACCACCAACAGCAGCCUGACGUUUUAUAUGGAAUAUUUUCCACAAUAUUCGAGUUUUUUGAGAUGCAUCUGUAUAGUUACACUUCCGUAGUCUGAAGCUAUAUCGGAUCGUUACCUCGUCUCAUUUAAAUUGCGUACUGAUCGUCAUAAUCGCACCCUGCCACGCUACCGCGUCAGACGUACAUUCACGUCAGCUACUGCACAGAGUUUCAUCAAUAACCACCCAGAAUUAUCAACUAUAAUCGGAUCACCGUCUGAUCCCAAAGAACUUUGGAUCAGGCGACUGAAUGCUUAGAGUCAAAGUUCUGUUACAUGCUAGAUAAAGGUAGCUCCACUUAAAAGGAAAAUAAUUAGUCAGAAAAAGCUAGCACCCUGGUAGAACGAUCACACGCGCACCUUAAAGCAGACCGCUGGACAAUUAGAACGUAAAUCGCGUCGACCUAAAUUGGUAGCAUUUCAAACAGCACGGAAGGAGAGAACUAUAGAAAAUCUCUAUAUCAGCGCUGCUAGAUCGGUCAAUCUCUCCAUCUUAAUAGAAGAUAACAAAAACAACAAUCCUAGAUUUCUUUUCAGCACAGUAGCAAAAUGAACUAGGAAUAAAUCCACCACAGAAACAUGCACAGUCAUUAUAUAAUGAAAUUCAGACUAUUUAUUUAAAACCAGACGGUUUUUAUAACUAACCCUCUGGAUAAUAAUACAGCAAUAUCAGAUCAAUGAUUAGAAGGUUUGACUCCCCUUAG